GAAGUUUGCAGAGCGCAGUUGUUCCCCAUCCAGUCCGGCGCAGUGUUUGCAAACACCUUGAACGCAAGCGAGCGAGUGAGCGAGAGAGGAGAAGAAGAAGAAGGGGGGGACUGACAGACGGACGUUCGGCUGCUACUGCUGCUGAAAACAAGCGCUUCUACUCCGCUUGCAUCGCAGGGGACCCCGCUCUUAUUCCUUCCGCUGGGUGUUUAUUUUUUUUAUUUUUUACCUGACAAGCAUAUUUAACUUGCAGCUAAAUAGGCUUCUUAUUUUUUUAAACAAGCUCUGGAAAAAAAAAGAAAAAGGAAAAAUGGAUGUUCUACCCAUGUGCGGCAUCUUUCAAGAACUUCAAAUAGUUCACGACACGGGCUAUUUCUCAGCCUUACCGUCACUGGAGGAGUACUGGCAGCAGACAUGCUUGGAGUUGGAGCGCUACCUCCAGAGCGAGCCUUACGUCUCCACAGCCGACCUCAAGUUCGACAGCCAGGAGGACCUCUGGAGUAAGUUGAUCUUGGCCUGCGGGGACAAGGCCAAGGCCGAUUCCGACCCCAAGCUGCCCGCGGCCCACGAGGAGGACAAUCAGGACAGCCAAAUCUUGGACACCAACAGUGUGAAUUCUGAUGCCAGCAGCGAAGCUUCAGACAGUUCUGAGGAGCUCUCGCCCAUACACUGCUUUACCUCCAACCCUCUGGGCUCCGUCUUGGUUGGCUCUGGACCUUUUAGCCCCUCCAUCAUAAGCACUCCCCCGUCCUCUCCGGAGGCCAAUUUGGAGGCCGGCGGCGUGACUAACGGCUGGGUCGCCACACACGGCGAGUUGCACUUGCCGGUCAAAAUCAGGAGCGGCGGGGUGGCAAAGAGCACGGAAAAGACGGGACUCAUCUGCGGGGACGCGUCUCCGGACGGCAGGAGGCGAGUACACAGGUGUAACUUCAACGGCUGUCGCAAGGUUUACACGAAGAGCUCCCACCUAAAAGCACACCAGCGCACUCAUACAGGUGAAAAGCCUUACAGGUGUUCAUGGGAGGGCUGCGAGUGGCGUUUUGCACGAAGCGACGAGUUGACCAGACACUUCAGGAAGCACACUGGGGCAAAGCCAUUUAAAUGCAGUCACUGUGACAGAUGUUUCUCCAGGUCUGACCAUCUGGCUCUUCACAUGAAGAGGCACGUCUAGGGAAGGGCAAGCUUCAACCGAGCAACGCAGAGAAGAGGAAAGUUUGAAAAGAGAAAUAAAAAAAAUUAAAUUUAAAAAAAAGCAAAUGCCGUCUCCCGACCAGUCUCUUGGUUGAACUGUCCCAGAGCAGAGUGGCGGGAGUGUGUUCCAGCCAAAGCAUGCCGUUUUGCACCAUACUGAAACCCAGUGCCUCCGGGACCUCUCUUUGGAGAAAGGCGCUCUGAAGGUUGUCUGUUGCAACAAAAAGGAAAAUGGAUGGGGAAGACUUUUUUGUUUGUUUUUGUUUAUCUGAUUGAGAUGGACUUACAACACACACACACAAAAAAGACAGCAAAAAAAAAGAAAAAAAAAUGAUAAAGGACACACAAACAAAAAGGCUGAAUGAUUUGUAUGUAUGGUGCAUGAUGUUUUUUGGGGGGUGAACAUCUCCCGGACAGCAGAUACACUGGUACUUUUACAAAAACUGUCUGAGGUAAGCAUGUGUGCACUGUGAAUGUCUGAGAUUGGCUGACUGGCCCCCUGGGAAGAGAAGAGAAGAGAAGAAGAGAUCUUUUUUUUCUUUUUGGGAGAAGAGAUGGAUUGAUGGAUGGUUUCGGGGCUGGUACCAAUGUUGCUGUGGACUGAAUGGGUUUCUGGAGGGGGGGGGGAAACGUUCCGUUUGUGUUUCCCCGGUGGCAGUAUGAGGAUGGGGCAGGAUGGAAGUUCCUGCCUGUCUGUCUGGCACCCAGACUGUGGUGGUGGGGGGUGGAGGGGCUUCUCCGAAGCUUUUGAGGCCUUGGGUUUGAUUUAAGGUGGACGUGCCCCCAUUCUGGUCAGUGUCCCAGGGACCAAGACCCCCCUCCCCUCUUGGUCACUGUAUGACAGGAGCUUUUUUUGGUGUUUUUGGUGCAGCUACUAAAUGUGCAAUGUGUUAUGUAGCCUGGUUUAUUAUUUUUUUACAAGCUACAAAGCUGAUUUGUAGUCCAAUUGUAUAAGCUGUGUGCUUAGAGGUAUAACACAACUAUACUAUAACUUCAGUAUCAUAGACAGGUGUUGCAUGGUUCUAGGGUUUGUUCAUUUCAUGUUUCCACUGUAAUCAGGACUGCAAAUAGUUUCAAUAAAAGUGCAGCUAAAGUGCGGACGGUUAAAUGUUACGAUAUUGUACAUAAAGCCUUGACGAUUUCCUCUUUUUAUUUUUUACUACUUCAUCCGUUUCAUUCUGGCUGGAGAUUUCACCACUGCUUACUCAUUUUCUCAUUCAUCCUAUGCCUUGAGGAGUAAUUUUGAUUUUUUGUACUUUCUUUUCUAUCUAAUAAUGCACUGUUGACCUUAAUGGUGCCUUAUGCAAGUGACUCGGCCCGGCGGUAGCCGUGGUUUUUUUGCUCCCCGGGGGGGGGAAGUCACAUUUGUUGUAUGGGUGAUUUGACAAGCUUGAUCAAGGCUCGAUUACACAUUAACUCGCACAUCUUUUGUGUUCAAUGACUGUUGUCCGCGUCUAUUCCGACGUUUUUAAAUUGUGUGGUUGAAAUGUGAAACGUUCAGAAAAGCACCUUCUCUCAGUCGUCUUUGAGUCAGAGCACCAGAUUAGUUAAUAGGCUAUCCCAUUUAAUUAAAUCCGAACAUGUAAAUAAGACAAAUGCUGUAUGUUUAGAGCACUUAAAAUUCAUUUAUUAAAGAUGUUAACUACUGUGUAGUAUGUACUCGAGUCCAUCUCACACACACACACACACACACACACAACUCUAAAGGUACAAAACAAGCGGACUAGGUGAAUAAAAAUGGGGUUUUUAUGUGCAGUUCAUUCAGUGCUGCAACUUUUUCGUCGUAUCCCUCCCCACCAUCACCAACGCCACCGUCUCCUCCAUGUCGUCUCCCAACCCCCCCGUCCCGUCCCUUUCUGUCCCUCCAUCCCUGCAAGUGGGACUGAAGAAAAA